AUGACGGGCCCCGCGCUCGCCGGGCCCCGCAGCCUACGACGUGGAGGACUGCUACAACUCGCGCUUCCCCACGGCGCCCGGAGUGCUCAUCCAGGGCGUGCGGAGACCCAAGCGCCACGACACAGGCCCGUUCUGCUCCAUCUAGGGCCCACCGGACACAGCCGGCCCGGCCAGUUAUCACAUGGACCCGACCCCCCUGGGGGCCUUCCCACGCCUCCCUCUGAAACUGGGAGCCCCUGCUGGCCGUCUAACCACCUGGGCACCCCUGAUCCACCUUCCUGGCCGGCUAACCCUUCUGUGAGCCGUGGGCGAGGGCCCUGCCCACCCCGCUACAGAGAUGCUAUUGGUUCUUCCCAACUCUGUCGUGUGCCUCGCUGCCACCCCUCACCCUGAUGAUGUGUCUCCCUGGCAGGGUCUCCCUUUGCCUCCCCUCCGGUGCUCUCCUCUCUAGGAUGGGUGGGUGGCAGCCUGAGACUUCCUGGCCCGAGACAGUAUGGGAGGGGUCCCUCUGGGCAGUGCAGGACACCCCCCCCCAGAGGACCAGGCCAGCUGCCAGUCUACCCAAGAGCCAGACUGCUUGCUGAGCGUAGAAAUGGACUUUUGGGGCAGAGGUGGGGCCAGGUUCCCUGAACUGCCAUUUUGAGACCACAUCAGCUUGCCCAGCCUCUAGGGAGGGCCCAGAGGACUAGCUCAUCAGGGCCUGGCCCCUCUGCCCAAAGACCCUGCAAACUCGCCCAGGGCCGGCCGUGCAGGCCAAGGCACAACCGCCAGAUUCCCUGGGCCUUGCCGGGUUAGGGCCCUGUCCUGUUGCAGUCGCCUGGUCAUUGGGUUAUCAGCCCGCCCUCCUACCUAGGGGUGGGCCCCAAGACAGCAACAGCUGUUCCUAUGGUGGCCCACGGAGGCCAAGUCCCAGGGACUCCUAGAGCAUUCACCUGCGACCUCUAGGGCUGAGCCAGCUGUGGAUCGAGUCCCAGCACCCCAGGGAAUGGGUGGGAUCGCAGAGCUGUGGGAGCCCUGCCCAGAGCUGCACCACCAGCAAACCCUAGGACUCAGAGCCAGAAGUGGGACCAGCAGAAACGAUGGACCGACCUUUCCAGCUGGGCUGAGGAGAGAGGGCUUCCUGGAGGAGGAAGUGGAGGAAUGGGCUUUCAAGGAGGAGCAAGAGGUUGCUGAGCAGCAGGACGGGAAUUUCUAGCAAAGCUUGGAAACCAGGACACAUGAAAAGGAAGAGGGAGUGAUGUUUGGUGUGUCCGGCUUGGGGAUACUGGGCUGGUGGGAUGGAAGCUGACCUGCAGGGAUCGGAGGGACUGCAGAUGCUGGGUCCAGGGGCUUGCACUUAGCAAUAGGGAGCCCACUGAGGGUGCAGAGCAGGCAGUGUCCCCCAGCUCCGGGAGCUGCUGGCAUUGCGGGGACUCACAUCCACAGCCUCAGCCUGAGGGCCUACCCCCUAGGGUUAGCCUGGGGGGGUGAUGCUCAUGGCAAUGAGAGGACAGCCAUCCCUGCCCACUCCCACUGCCAGCCCAGGUCUCUGUGGACACCCCCCACUGGAAGCACAGGCAGGGAAAGGGCAGCUUGCACCUGGUGGGCCCUGGUGCAGGGAGCCUCUAGGGUGGCGGUGCUCCCUUCCCUCAAACAAUAUUCUGUUGACCAUAAAACAGAAUCGAGGGGGUAGUCCAUCUCCAAAAAGGGUUCAU